AUGGAUUCGACCAACAGCUCGCUGAGCUCGAGCAGCUUGAAAUUCACCGAGAAAAUUUGCGCGGUUGUGAUCCCUAUUGUAGCCAUAAUCGAGGCCUUAAUUUUCGCUGCUUCUGGUUGUUUCAAUUGCCAUAAGCUGAUUAAUAGCAAGAAAUCGCGCUAUGGGUACCAGGAGAUUGUUCGGCUGUCUGAGGAAUCUCGAUUUACUGUAAACGAAGUGGAGGCAUUGUAUGAGCUGUUCAAGAAGUUAAGUAGUUCAAUCAUUGACGAUGGAUUGAUUCAUAAAGUAUGGUUACUUUUUUACUUGAUUACUUCUAGUGAAGCGUUUAUUUUGGAAAAACAGUUAUUGUUUUUUAAGAUAUAUAGUGCUAUUUAUGGACCAAAUUUUGAACUACAGGUCAAAGAGAUGGUGGUUGCAAUUCUCAAAGAAUCUGACAUGGAACUUUCAGAUGAGCUCCUCGAGCAAAUAGUUGAUAAUACAUUUGCUGAUGCUGAUGCAGAUAAGGAUGGGAGAAUUAAUAAAGAGGAAUGGAAGGCUUUCGUCUUUCGUCGCCCUUCACUUUUGAGGAACAUGACUUUACCAUAUCUCAAGGACAUAACUACUGCUUUCCCCAGCUUUGUUUUCAACACUGAGGUUGACGAUUGA